AUGGCGGAGAAACCUCAAAUCUCGUUCAGAGCUUUACAGCUGGCGAAUGAGCAGCGCAGCGCAUACGGAUUGCGGUCCAAUGACUUUGCGAGAUAUCGGAAGCAUUGCGCCAAUCGUACCCAUCGGUUGAGGGCGACUCUGAAGAUUACGCAUGGCAAAGGACGCGAAUUCAAGAAGACGCCCCCCAUCGCUCAGGAUUACAUCAAGGACGGGCACUUGCAAUUGUUCCUGCUGGAAGCCGAGCGUGCGUGGGCGUACUCGCAAGACCUCCUUGCUCAAGCUCGCCAGCCGUCCGAACACCAAAACCCGGCCACCCUCCGCCACAGCGCUACGGGCCGCUUCCGGCGCGCGGUCAACUGGGCGACCCAGCUUCUCUCGCACUGCCAGACGCUCUACAAGUCCGGCCGGCUGUCCGCAGAAAGCCUGCUCGAGGCGGAGGUGUACGUGCUCAUCCUGAACGGCCGGUUUCUGCGCUUCCGGGACGAGUUCGAGGACGCGUUGAUCCAGUUGAGCGUUGCGCGCAGCCUGCUGGACGCGCUCGCGGGCGCGGCGGCGACGAGCCGGGACCAGGCGCUCGCGACGCUCUUCGGGGACGAGAUUGGGCCCGAGAUCCGGUACUGCGCGCACGAACUCGGGCGGGCCAAGGCGUACGACGUCGACGGCAUCGUCGCUGAGCUGGCGGCCAAGCACAGGAACGAGCUCGUGGAGAAUUGCGAUGCGCUGCUCGCGAAGGUCAAGGCGGCCGGGACAAGCGGUGAAGCGAGUGCGCAGAAGAAGCUAGCUCCGCUCGCAUGGGAGGGCGAGCCGGUGCCGAUAAGGAACCCUGAGCUGGUGGACGUGUUCUUGACAGUGCAGGAUGCGGAGGCGAAGUUGCGCGCUCAGCAGGGCGCUAAGGCCGAGGGCGAAGGGACGAAGGUCAACACGUCCAAGCGGGGUGUCGCGGCGUACGAUGCCGUCUUGUCGGCUUUGAGCGAUGCGGAGGAGGUCGCGCGGAAGCUUGCUGAGGCUCAACAGAUCGGCGCUGGGUCACAGACUGUACCUGUUGCGGCCGGUACGCGAGACAUCCACUUCGUACACGCAUUCAUCGUGUAUCAACUUCUUUCGCGCCGGAUUGAACGUGACCUGUUGCUCGCCUCUGCCCUGCUCACCUCGCAGGCCCCUUCCGUUCCGAGAGGCAAAACCUCAGCUUCCGCGUCGAAGAAAGAGCAAGUCGAUGCUCGUCUUUACCCUGCGGUCGUGAAGCUCCUGGACACGAUUCUACAGAGUCUCGAACAGAUGCGAACUCUCAACAUUGUCGACGAAUCGCCCGAUCUCGCCUCAGCCGUCGAAGCAAGAAUAACCUUCACCAAAGCAAGGAGAUGUCUAUUCCUAUCUCGUUGCUACGUUCCCGCGAAGAAAUAUGCGGAGGCCCUAACCCUCAUUCAGCACGCAUCCAUUCACGUCCGCGAGUCCCGGUCUGUGCUCGGCACGCUCGACUCGGACCCCGUCGCCUUCUACCCGCUCCCUGCUUCCGCGCUGGACGACCUCGAGCAGACCAUCGACGCCGAUGGCCUCUCCUUCCGCAAGGAAUGGUUCACGUGGAACGGAGGCUCGCUCGAAGCCGAGGGCGGCAAAUCGCACAAGAAGCCGCUAUUCUUCGAUAUCGCGCUCAACUACGUGCAGCUCGACAUGGACCGAUUGCAGGAGCGCGCGGGCAAGACCCUGACGCCUCAGCAGAAGCAGAAGGCGGUGGAGCAGCCAAGAGCCGUGCCAGCAGUGCAGAAGGCGAAGGCGGCUGAGAUCGAACGCCCGGAAACGCCGGAACCGGAGGCGCAACAGGCAAGGGGCGGAUUGAGCAGCUUGCUGGGAGGAUGGUGGGGGAGACGAUGA